GGCGGGGCCGGGGGGACGCGGGGCCAUGGAGGAGCCCGAGCCGAGCGAGCGCAGCCCUUUGCUGAGCAGCGGCGAGCGCGGGCGGGGGCCGAGCAGCGCCUUCCAGGGCCGGCGGCUGGCCUGCGCCGCCGUGCUGCUGGCCGAGCUGCUGGAGCGGGUGGCCUUCUACGGCAUCACCUCCAACCUGGUGCUGUUCCUCAACGGGCCGCCCUAUGGCUGGGAGGGCGCCCAGGCCAGCCAGGCGCUGCUGCUCUUCAUGGGCAUCACCUACCUGGUGUCGCCGUUCGGGGGCUGGCUGGCUGACGCCCUGCUGGGCAAGUUCGGCACCAUCCUGCUCAGCAUGGCGCUGUACCUGCUGGGCAUGCUGGCCUUCCCCGUCAUCGCCGCGCCGCACACCCGCCAGGGCCUCUGCGGGGACAUCCCCCUGUUCCCCGUGGAGAACUGCUCCUCGCCGGCGGCCAACGCCACCCUGGCGCCCUGCUCCCCGCUGGGAGCCACCCGCUACUGUGCCACCGCCACCUUCGUGGGACUGGUCCUCGUGGGGCUGGGCGUCGGCUCGGUCAAGGCCAACAUCACCCCGUUCGGGGCAGACCAGGUCAAAGACCGGGGUCCAGAAGCCACAAGAAGAUUUUUUAAUUGGUUUUAUUGGAGCAUUAACUUGGGAGCUAUCCUCUCUCUGGGAGGCAUUGCAUACAUUCAGCAGAACGUGAGCUUUGUGAUCGGAUACAGCAUCCCAACAGUUUGCAUUGGGAUUUCAUUCAUGGUUUUCUUAUGUGGGCAGAGCUUCUUCAUCACCAAACCUCCUGAUGGUAGUGCCUUCACAGACAUGUUCAAAAUUCUCACCUAUUCCUGUUGCUCCAAGAAGACCCAAGGGGAGCAUUCAGCAAACAGUGAAGGCCAGGGAGUGCUGCACCAGCCUCGAAGGCAAAGCCUCUUUGAGAUGGCCAAGCUGUCUCGGGGGGGGCCCUUCAGAGAAGAUAAAGUAGAAGAUGUAAAAGCUCUUGUCAAGAUUAUCCCUGUCUUUCUGGCUUUAAUACCUUACUGGACAGUGUAUUUUCAAAUGCAGACAACAUACGUAUUACAAAGUCUCCAUCUGAAAAUUCCUGAGAUAUCGAAUGACACCAACUCUAUCCACACGUUUCCAGCAGCCUGGCUGACCAUGUUUGAUGCAGUGCUUAUCCUGAUCCUAAUACCUUUAAAAGAUAAACUGGUGGACCCCAUUUUGAAGAGGAAUGGCUUGCUCCCAUCCUCGCUGAAGAGGAUUGCAGUUGGAAUGUUCUUUGUCAUGUGCUCUGCGUUUGCUGCAGGAAUUCUGGAAAGCAACAGACUGAAAAUUGUAAAGGUUAAAACAAUUAACCAGACCAUUGGGAAUGUCACGUACCAUGCUGCAGAUUUGCCAAUAUGGUGGCAGAUUCCUCAAUAUGUGCUGAUUGGAUUCAGUGAAAUAUUUGCAAGUAUAGCAGGCCUAGAAUUUGCAUAUUCAGCUGCUCCCAAAUCUAUGCAGAGUGCUAUUAUGGGGCUGUUCUUUUUCUUCUCGGGGAUUGGAUCCUUUGUUGGCUCUGGAUUGUUGGCACUGGUGUCUAUUAAAGAAAUUGGCUGGAUGAGUAAUCACACAGACUUUGGUAAUAUCAAUGGCUGCCAAUUAAACUAUUACUUCUUCUUGCUGGCUGCUAUCCAAGGAGCAACCCUCUUGCUUUUCCUGAUUGUUUCUGUGAAAUAUGAGCACCAGAAAUCCAAGGUGAACGAAGUGGCUGCCAACGGGAGGCUCUGAGCCCCGGCCCAGAGCAGACUGUGCCAGCAGCACCCAGGGAAGGGGCGGUGCCCCCGGGCCAGGAGCUCUCCUGUUUCCCAGUGGGACUCUCCAGAGCUGCCUGGGCAGGAGCUCUCUCCCUGCCCUGGUGUGAGUGGGUAAGUGCCUUAUGUCACGGGGCUGGUUCUUGCACUAUGUGUCCCCUGGACAGCAACCCUUGGAGUGAAUUCCCUGCAGGCAUUCGAGUUGCUCUUGUUCAUGGGGAGAUGUUUACUGAACUCCUAAAGCUGGGACACUUGGAAGUGGAGUCUGAGGAGCCACACGGGGCAUGGACUGUUCUGACCCAAACCUGAGCUCUGGAUCCACAGGAACACUCGGCAGUUCAAGCCUGCCCUGAGGACACAGGAGAGGAACCAUUUGACAGGAGCCUCAGCCAGUGCUUACAAGCACAGAUCUUCAGUACUGAGAGUCAUUUUGGGGGGAGAAACAGGGACAAAUUAAAUUACAAAUUAGCACAGAUUAAAAAGGAAUAGAAUUUUAUAAUUGACCUUUUACUGACAGUGUUUCAAGGAUUUAAGUCCAAACUUGCAGUCAGGAGUAUCCAAUACUGAGGACUGAAUCCUGUAUCCCAGUGGCUUGUCAGACAGCUGCUGCAGACUUUGGUGCACAAUUAACACUCGUUGGGACUGAAAUUGCUUGACUACAGCAAUGUUUUUAUUUUUGAGCCUGCAUUAGAUGCGUUAGGACAACACCCACCUUUGGACAAGGCCCUGUUCAGUCUAACGCUGUUACUCCCCCAAGGACUAUUCCAAAUAUUUGCAGGAAGCAAAGUGAGCUGGAAUUCUGAGCAGAUCAAUGCACAAUAACCAUUUAGCAGCCUUUAGCCACGUCCUUCAGCCUUGUCUUACUUUUAGUUAACGUGCUCCAGGGUUUGGGUCUUUCAGCAACACAUUCCUCCAGCAGAGCAAAUGACUUUAUGUUCAGCCUCUUGAAUUUUAAUGAUUCUAACAAUUGUACUUCAGAUUGUGUGCAGACUGGUAUGGAGGGUGCAAGGAAUUAUGCAGAAAGAAAAUAAAACCUUUUUAUUAAUGUGUUGAAUUUUUAUAGUUUCCUUUGUCUGCAGUUCUGUUGUUGAAAAUGUCCUUAUUUUGUACAUGGACAUCUUUUUAAUGAGUUUACAAAAUAAAAUGAACCUCCAUGCUGUGACUUUUGACCCUUUGUUUCUAGGUGAAUAAAAUUAUACUACAAGUA